AUGGUUCCUGCUCGAAGUCUUUCUAAACAACAACAGCAACAGCAUCGACUUUGUUAUGGUAAUUAUUUUGGUGGAGGCACUGCUACUUAUAAAGAGAGUUUUGGUCUUAUGAGCCGAUUAGAAGGUUAUGACUCUUGUGUUAGCGAAGCUUGCUUAUUAGGAUCUGAUCUAGCGGUGGCUAAUAUUCCCAUGGCGGAAGAUGAAUCAAGAACUAACAGUCUUAAUAAUGAAGCUGGCUCAAGCUCAAAAGAUGUUCAAGAAGAGAGAGAUGAAGGGUGGCUCCAGUUGAGUAUAGGUGGUCACACGACAACUGCAACCCCAACAAGCCAUGAGAGCAAGCACGAUCCUCAUCAUCAUCAUCAACGACAACAACAGCAAGUACUUGAUCGUACAACUAGAAGAGGAGGAUUGAUUGAGCUUGAUCUACUACCAGGUAGCAGUAGUAGUAUUUCACAUCAAGCAAGGCCAUUGAGUACUCCUAUUUUUCAUGUUCCCGAUUUUAGAGCUCCUCCAAGGCCCGUCAUGAACAUUGCUGCAAGUCAUGCCACUAAUUUUAGCACUACAUCUUUAUUCUUUCAACACCAUCCAGCGGCAACUAGCUCAACGUAUCCUCUUCAUCCAGAGAUAAACUGGCCAUUUAGGCCUAUGUUGCAUAAUAUAGCGACCGCCUCAUCUUCAUCGUCGUCUUCUUCUUCUUUGAUGCCACUGGGGUCCUAUUUUUCGCGUCCGUUCCAAGUAAAUAGUGGCAUGGAUGUUGCAGGACCGAGCUCCGACUUUAGAGUAAUCGAUCCUCCAAGAAGACCCCAUUCUGGCAUUUGGUUUAUGCUACAAGCGUCUCAAAAUCAGUAA